GAUACUUGUUGCUUGCGAUUAUCGUGUGUACCCGAUUUGCUGUUGACAUUUGUGGCUUUUCACACGGAGCUCCACAGUGCCGUUUGUUAUUUAUUUCAUGUGAAAAUUGUGUGCGCACUGCUACGUCUGAGCAAAUGUGUCUCUUGCGUUUCCUGUUACAUUCGCGUUCCACGCUGAGCCGCUACCUACCCGAUAAGGCGGCCAGCUCGACGACAGCUCGGCGAACGCCCACGCCCAGGCCUCCGCCCACACAGGAAGUGCAACGCAAACUCAAUUUAGUGAUAGGCAAUGAGUCGUGCGAUUUGGACUCGGCUGUCUCAGCAUUGACGCUCGCCUUCAUCUAUGCGGGCAGGCAGAAGGACCAGGACUUUGUGCCUGUAUUGAAUAUACCACGGAUCGAUUAUCCUCUCAAAACGGAGGUGUGUCACAUGUUCCAAAAGUGUCAAAUCACUCCAGAAAUGCUCGUCUUUCGCGACGAUCUGCCAGAGAAGUUGACUAAUCCGGAUAUUAAUGUCAUCCUGGUCGAUCAUCACGUCAACAGCUGGGCAGCGAAUGUCGGUGAGAUUCUCGACCACAGACCGAUGGAGAAACAUCCAGCAGUAAGUCAUUUGCCGGUGCACUGUGUGCGCCAUAUCGAACCGGAGCUGGGCUCCUGCGCCACACUCGUGGGCGAACGUUACAUGGCUGAGCAGGAGCCACGCUCCGCGUAUGUCACUAAAUUGCUGCACGCCACAAUUGUGCUCGACACCAUCAACUUUUCACCAACCGCGAAGCGUUUCUGUGCCCGCGAUUUGGCAAUGGUCGAGCAGCUGGAGCAGCUGCAGAGGGAGGACUUGGACGAUGGCGAGCGCAGGCGUUUGCGUUGUCAGCUCUUCGAUGAGCUAGUGGCAGCGCGUGCGGACAUCAGCAAGCUGAGUCUCGUCGAGGUCCUGCGCAAGGACAUGAAGCGCCUGCAAACGGAGCGUCACAUGGUGCCCAUGGCCGGGCUGCCCAUGUUGGCACGCGACUUCAUCGAUCUGCCCGACGCCGAGAAUGCCAUACGCCAGUUCGGUUGCGGCACCAAUCUCCUGGUUCUGCUGGGCAUGUACGUGCCGCCGGUCAAGGGUGGCCAGGUGAUGCGCGACGUGGCCCUCAUCUCGCUAUCCGGACACGCCCCGCUGGUGGAGCGUGUACGCCAGGCCUUGCUGGCAUGCGCGACGCCCCCGCUCGAUCUGCGUCCGCACGCACUCGACACCAAUUUCAUGGGCGGCAGCUUCCUGAGGCAGCACAACGUGCAGGCCACUAGGAAGCACAUUCUGCCGGUGAUCAAGCGCGUCCUGCUGGAGUUGGAGGCAUCGCAGCACUGCGACUGCGAUGACGUUUACUUCUUCAAGGAGAAACCCAAACUGGGCCUCUCCUAAGCAAGCACACAGAUAGUACAGUGGAGACUGCCUAGCAAGUACAAAACAGAAAAAAAAAAAAAAAAAAAAAACCAAAAUCAAACCAGCUAGACGGAAGGAGAAAGAUUUACUUGUAAGUGGAUUUCGUAUCCGUUAAACGAAUUCAAUGCAAUUCCAAUUGAAUCUGAUAUCGAUUUGAAAGUCCAAUUUGAAACCAAUUGAAUCAGAUAUCACAAAUCAAACAGAUAACUAAACCAAAACUUAUUUAUUGUAUUAGAAAAUAGCAAAAAAAAAAAAAAAAAAAAAAACAAAAAUCAAAUCAAAAGGCAAACAUAAAUGGGGAGCUCGAAUUCGCAUUCGAUCUGUAAACCCAAAGCGCAUGCGAUUCCCAGCUGGAUUGGAAUUCAAUUCCAAUUUGCAAAUCAAUGUAAACAAAUAUCCAAUCAAACUGUAUAUCCAAUUGGAUGCAAAUUGAUGUCGAGACUCGAGAUUUCCAACAGUUAGUCAAGUAUAAAACAAAUUGAAGCGAGCUUCUAAAACGCAAAACCCAAUUGGAUCGAAUUCCAAUUGGUCUAGGAUAAGAGGAUUUUCUGAAAUCCAAUAAUUAGUUAAAUAGAAUGAAAAUUAAAAGUGAAAUCCAAACCCAUUGCAUAGACUUCCAAUUGAUGAACGCAAUUCCGAUUGGCAUUUAUUGAAAACUAAAACAUGAGCAGAUGGAACUCUAAAUUCUUGCUGUAAAACCCAAUUAAAUGUAAUUUUCCUGGCUAAAUGUAAACUGAAUAGGAAUGCACUUUAGAUAUCCAAUUGAAUGGUAUAUUAUUGUCGUAAAGGCCAAUUAAAUGUGAUUCAACUAAUAUCUAAAUGAAGAAGAAAUAUUAAUCAUCCAAUUGAAAGAAAAAUUCCAGCUGUAAGACCAAUUUUAAGUGAUUUUAGUUAGUUUUUAAUCUGUGAAAUUUGUGAUUUUGUUUGUAUUUUGUAUAAUUCAAGAAUAAUUAAAUUCAGUGUAUUUUGUUUUGUUUUGUGUAAUAUAAUCUAAGUUUAAUCUGUUGUUUAUUUUCACAUAUUUCGAAUCAGUCGCAAAACUGAAUUCUCAUUCAUCUCUCUCUCUCUCUCUCUCUCUCUGUCUCCCCCUCUCUCUCUCUCUGUCUCCCCCUCUCUCUCUCUCUCUUCAGCUACACAUGAAGAGCCGCAUUUAUUCUAUAUGUAAAUCGAAUUUAUAUAUACAUAUAUAUACUAAUUCUACAGUUAAGUUAUUCCAGCUGAACAACAUGUAAAUCCAAUAAGAGCUAUGAGCUUUGCUGAUUGGAAUUUUACAGAUUUCAUGGAAUUAGCAGCUAGCACUAUUUCUAUUGCAAGCUGAUAAGACUCGGAAUUCUAAUGAAGUCUAAUCGGAUAUACUACAUGCAUACAGACAUGUUGCACGUCCAGCUUGUUUGAAGUAGAGCUGCUUAUUGGCAAUUUACUCUUAGCUAAUUGGAUCAUUUAACAGGCCAAUCGGAUAUGCCAGAGGAAAUCUAAUUAGUUAAUGUAAACACUAACUGAAAUCUCGCUUUUUAACCAGAUAUGUAUAUAUAUAUAUAUACAUUAAUCUGUUUAGAGUUCCGUUAUGUCUUAGAAUUAAAAAAAUCAAAUCAAAUUGUCGAA